GUUAAUCAAAUAGAUAUCAAUCUAUAAAUUACUUUAUGCAAGUUUUAUUUAAAACGUUGUCUACUGGAUAAUGAGAUAUUUAGUAACAAACACACACAGACAUUGUCAAAAACAUUUUCGCCUGCCGUCGCCUUUAAGUAGCAGAUGGUAAAUAUUACCUGUGGCCCAUAAAUCCCCCAGUGUUUUUUCUUUAUGGCCCUAUUUGGAAAUAAAGUUGAACAACCCUGCUGUAAUACAUCCAAUAGUUUAGUUUCACAAACAGUUUUUACUUCCUGUUUGAAAGCAGAAAAGCGUCAAAUUAAAGCAGUUACAAACUGAAUCAGAACAGCUACAUGUCUGCAGCCAUGAUCAGGCCAUCUUAACCCUGUGACAGCUGAAAACCUUAAACAUCUGGAGCACAUUCUGAACCAAACAAUAAAACCAGAACCUGAAGCUGAACCAAGCUAACAGAUUACAAAGCAAAGUCUUAAAAUUAAUUUGGUGAAAUCAAAGUGAAUGAGGAAAUAGACUACAACCAAACACAAAAUGUGGAUUAAAGCUGCUGCAGAAGGAGAUCCUCCUCUGACCCUCCAGUCCUCAUGUGGAUCAGGUUUCCUCCAGCUCAGACGCCCCCCCCUUCCUCUCAUCCAGACUUGCUGUGUAAUUAUGGAAGGAGGGACCUGCUGCUUGUUGAUUUUUUUUAAUCUUUGAAGGAGGUGUGCUUUCUUGUCUUCCCUAAACGUGAGCAGCAGCAGCAGCGGGGUGAGGAGGGUGCGUCCCCCCAGCUGGUCCAGUCCCCAGUACCUCCCAGUUCUUUAGGCUUCCAUAUAAAAGCCCUGGUGGAAAAUGAGUGCAGGCAGUUGGGAGUUUUCUGUUGGGGUCAGGAGGACUUUGGACAGACGCACGGAUCCUCCCCCAAACAUAUGAGUGGAGUUUAGCAGAAAGAGAAAACAUCCCCAACACUUUUUUCCUCUCUUGCCUCAAAGAGUCUACAUGUCUGGUGGCAUCUAGACAUGUUCAGCUUUGUGGAUUUGCGGCUGGCGCUGCUGCUCGGUGCAGCCGUGCUCCUGGUCAGGGCGCAGGGCGAGGACGACCGCACGAGUACCAGCUGCACCUUGGACGGCCAGGUGUUUGCGGACCGGGAUGUGUGGAAACCAGAACCAUGUCAGAUCUGCGUUUGUGACAGCGGCACGGUGAUGUGCGACGAUGUUCACUGUGAGGAACCAACCGACUGCCCCAACCCCAUCGUUCCCCAGGGCGAGUGCUGCGCCAUCUGCCCCGACGACGGCUACCAGGCUGCUGAGGUAGAGGGACCCAGAGGAGACCGAGGACCCAAGGGAGAGAGGGGCCCUGCUGGUCCCCCUGGUAGAGACGGUCUUGAUGGCGAGCCUGGUCUUCCAGGACCUCCCGGCCCUCCUGGACCCCCUGGUCUCGGUGGAAACUUCUCCCCUCAGAUGUCUGGUGGUUAUGAUGAGAAAUCUCCCUCCAUGCCCGUGCCUGGACCUAUGGGCCCAAUGGGACCUCGUGGACCCCCCGGACCUCCUGGUUCUAGCGGACCACAGGGACCCACUGGUCCUCCUGGUGAGUCUGGAGAGGCCGGAGCUCCUGGCCCCAUGGGUCCACGUGGACCAGCUGGUCCUCCUGGAAAGAACGGAGAAGACGGUGAGGCUGGAAAACCUGGUCGUGCUGGUGAGCGUGGACCUCCCGGACCACAGGGAGCUCGUGGUUUCCCAGGAACCCCUGGACUGCCUGGCAUCAAGGGACACAGAGGAUUCAGUGGUCUUGAUGGUGCUAAAGGAGAUACUGGCCCUGCUGGACCCAAGGGAGAAACUGGAGCUGCUGGUGAGAAUGGAACUCCUGGUGCUAUGGGACCUCGUGGUUUGCCUGGUGAGAGAGGUCGUACUGGUGCUCCUGGAUCUGCUGGAGCUCGUGGAAACGAUGGUGCUGCCGGUGCUGCCGGACCUCCUGGUCCCACUGGCCCUGCUGGACCUCCUGGAUUCCCUGGUGGCCCAGGAUCUAAGGGUGAUGUUGGACCACAGGGUGCUCGUGGAUCUGAGGGACCCUCUGGAACUCGUGGAGAGCCUGGCAACCCUGGACCUGCUGGCCCAGCUGGACCUUCUGGAAACCCUGGAGCUGAUGGAGCUCCCGGAUCUAAAGGAGCCCCUGGUGCUGCUGGAGCUGCAGGAGCUCCAGGUUUCCCUGGACCACGUGGACCCCCAGGACCUCAGGGUGCUGCUGGUGCCCCUGGAGCCAAGGGUAACACUGGUGAAGUUGGUGCCCCAGGAUCCAAAGGAGAGCCCGGUGCCAAGGGAGAGUCUGGUGUUCCAGGUGUUGCCGGACCCCCAGGACCUCAUGGUGAGGAGGGCAAGAGAGGAGCCAGAGGAGAGCCUGGUGCUGCAGGUGCUCGUGGAGCACCUGGAGAGCGUGGUGCUCCUGGUGGCCGUGGUUUCCCUGGUGCUGACGGCCCUGCUGGACCCAAAGGAGCCACUGGUGAGCGCGGUGCCCCUGGUCUUGUUGGAGCUAAAGGUUCCACUGGUGAGCCUGGCCGUACUGGUGAACCUGGUCUCCCAGGAGCUAAGGGUAUGACCGGUAGCCCUGGCAGUCCUGGACCUGAUGGCAAGAUGGGAGCUGCUGGAGCCCCUGGACAAGAUGGCCGCCCUGGACCACCUGGCCCUGUUGGAGCUAGAGGUCAGCCCGGAGUCAUGGGAUUCCCUGGACCCAAGGGAGCUGCUGGUGAAGGUGGAAAGCCUGGUGAAAGGGGAGUCAUGGGACCCACUGGCCCUGCUGGAGCUCCUGGAAAAGAUGGUGAUGUUGGUGCUCCAGGUCCUAGUGGACCAGCUGGUCCUGCUGGUGAGAGAGGUGAGUCAGGACCUGCUGGAGCUCCUGGAUUCCAAGGACUUCCAGGACCCCAAGGUGCCGUUGGUGAGAGUGGCAAGCCUGGAGAGCAGGGUCUGCCCGGUGAGGCUGGAGCCCCAGGACCUGCUGGAUCAAGAGGUGAUAGAGGAUUCUCUGGUGAGCGUGGUGCACCUGGCCCCGUUGGACCUGCUGGAGCCCGUGGAUCCCCCGGACCUGCCGGAAAUGAAGGCGCCAAGGGAGACGCUGGAACCCCCGGUGCUCCUGGAGCUCAGGGUCCUCCUGGACUGCAGGGAAUGCCUGGUGAGCGUGGUGCUGCUGGACUUCCAGGACUGAGAGGAGACAGAGGUGACCAAGGAGCUAAGGGUGGUGAUGGAUCUCCUGGUAAAGAUGGCCCACGUGGUUUGACUGGACCAAUUGGACUUCCUGGACCUGCUGGAGCACCUGGAGACAAGGGAGAACCCGGUGGUCCUGGACCUGUCGGACCUUCUGGAGCCCGUGGAGCCCCUGGUGAGCGUGGUGAAACUGGACCAUCUGGACCUGCUGGAUUUGCCGGACCUCCUGGUGCUGAUGGACAACCUGGUGCUAAGGGAGAGGCUGGAGAUAAUGGUCCCAAAGGAGAUGUUGGUGCCCCUGGCCCUGCCGGACCAACUGGUGCUGCUGGACCUCAGGGUCCCGUUGGAAACUCUGGCUCUAAAGGAGCCCGUGGACCUGCUGGACCUCCUGGUGCUACUGGCUUCCCUGGUGCUGCUGGCAGAGUUGGACCUCCUGGUCCUGCUGGAAACUCUGGACCUCCCGGACCUCCUGGACCAGGUGGCAAGGAGGGACCCAAAGGAAACCGUGGUGAGACCGGACCUGCUGGUCGCCCUGGUGAAAUUGGUGCUGCUGGACCUCCAGGACCUACUGGGGAGAAGGGUAGCCCCGGUGCCGAUGGUCCUUCUGGACUUGCUGGUAUUCCUGGACCUCAAGGUAUUGCUGGACAGCGUGGUAUUGUUGGUCUGCCUGGACAGAGAGGAGAGAGAGGAUUCCCUGGCCUUCCCGGACCUUCUGGAGAGGUUGGAAAGCAUGGACCUGCUGGACCUGGUGGAGAGCGUGGACCUCCUGGACCCAUGGGACCCCCUGGCCUGGCCGGAGCCCCUGGAGAGCCUGGACGUGAGGGAACCCCCGGUAACGAGGGAGCCGCUGGUCGUGAUGGAGCCGCUGGACCUAAGGGAGACCGUGGAGAGAAUGGACCUGCUGGAGCCCCUGGUGCCCCUGGACCCUCUGGUGCCCCUGGACCUGUCGGACCCGCUGGCAAGAGUGGUGACCGCGGAGAGACUGGAUCUGCUGGCCCUGCUGGUCCUGCUGGCCCUGCUGGACCUCGUGGCCCUGCUGGACCUGCUGGAGCUCGUGGAGACAAGGGUGAAACUGGAGAGGCUGGAGAGAGAGGCAUGAAGGGACACAGAGGAUUUACUGGUGCACAGGGACCUCCUGGACCUCCUGGACCUUCUGGAGAGUCAGGACCUGCUGGUACUUCUGGACCUGCUGGACCUAGAGGUCCUUCUGGAUCUGCUGGUGCUCCUGGUAAAGAUGGUAUGUCUGGUCUUCCUGGACCCACCGGACCUCCUGGACCUCGUGGACGUUCUGGAGAGAUGGGACCUGCUGGUCCUCCUGGACCUCCUGGACCUGCCGGUGCACCUGGUGCCCCUGGUGGUGGUUUUGAACUUGGCUUCAUUACCCAGCCCCAGGAGAAGGGUCCUGAUCCCUUCCGUUCAUACAGAGCUGAUGAUGCCAAUGUUCUCCGUGACCGCGACCUGGAGGUUGACAGCACCCUGAAGAGCCUGAGCCAGCAGAUCGAGCAGAUCCGCAGCCCUGAUGGAACCAGAAAGAACCCUGCCAGAACCUGCCGAGACCUGAAGAUGUGCCACCCUGACUGGAAGAGCGGCGAAUACUGGAUUGACCCAGACCAGGGCUGUACUCAAGAUGCCAUCAAGGUCUACUGCAACAUGGAGACUGGAGAGACCUGUGUAACACCAACUCAGCCUGAGGUUGCCAAGAAGAACUGGUACAUGAGCAAGAACAUCAAGGAGAAGAAGCACGUCUGGUUCGGUGAUGCUAUGAARGAUGGCUUCCAGUUUGAGUACGGCAGCGAGGGCUCUCUGCCAGAGGAUGUCAACAUUCAGCUGACCUUCCUGCGUCUCAUGUCCACUGAAGCAUCCCAGAACGUUACCUACCACUGCAAGAACAGCAUUGCCUACAUGGAUGCUGCCGCUGGCAACCUCAAGAAGGCCCUCCUCCUCCAGGGCUCCAACGAGAUUGAGAUCAGAGCCGAGGGCAACAGCCGUUUCACCUACAGUGUCCUGGAAGAUGGAUGCACGUCACACACCGGAACAUGGGGCAAGACAGUCAUUGACUACAAGACAUCAAAAACAUCUCGCCUGCCCAUCAUUGAUAUUGCUCCUAUGGACGUUGGUGCUCCAGACCAAGAGUUUGGCCUUGAAGUUGGACCUGUCUGUUUCUUGUAAAAAGAAAAAUCUGGACUUGAAAGUGUUGUUGUGUGUGUGCGUGCGUGUGUUUUAUUUUUUCUAGCAGUCAUCUCGCCCCAAAAAGAAACCCCUACAAAACACUUGUUUUAUGCCACUUGUUUGAAAAAUCUGACCCCUUCGUCCUGAUUCUACAAGUUUCCAUUUGGCUGUUGUUCUGAUGGUCCACUUUGCUUAAAACCUGCACUUCUUCAACAACAAGAUGGCGGCGGUGUGGCUGUGUCUGCAUCGCUAUGUCUGGGACCACUACGUUUUUUCGUUUGGACUUUUUUUUUUCUUCCGUUUUUUUGCCAUCACCAACACCACGGAUCCUGUAGAGAAGACUUUUGGUUUCACUGGCAACAAGAAAAUAAUAUAUGUCUCUGUAAAGUGUAAAAAAAAACAAAACCCUCCCAACUUCUUCCAGCCAAACCAGGCCUCUCUGGAGUUUACAGAAACACAGCUGACUUUUGUAUUUUUCUACACCUCUGAGGAAUGAAAGGACAGCCCUAACAGACAGAAUUGCUUUGUACCACAUUUCAGGUGUUGAUGAAUAAACGGUGAAACUGACAGCCACUUUUGUCUUUGUUGUUGUGCCCUCCUCUGCUCCACCUGCCCCACCAGGGCUGACAUCACCUCCCCCACAACACCAUCUGCAGGUGCUACAGCUGUUGGGAUUUGUUUGUUCUUGUGGUCACUUUCUUCUUUGAUCUUCUGUUUCUCCUUUGUUUUAUUUUUUGUUUAAAGAAAAGUCACAUUAAAACCAGCAGCAGAGAAACGAGUUUAAAUCUUUUUUUUUAAAGAAAGAAUGUUACGGCUACCUCAAAAAUGAAACUAAUUCCAGUUCUAAGAGAGGUGAAGUGUUUCUGAAGUGAAGCCUGCUUUAGUUGUGGCAGUCGGUGGGGUAUUGGAGGUUUACUGACACUUUUAACAGAAGCAGAAACAAAUAAGGUGCUAUUGUUUCUUUGAGGUCUGCUGGCUGUCCAGUAUGGUGAUGCUGUUGUGUAGUGUUACAGUUAGUCUGGUAUAGCACAGCACGGCCUUCUUGGUGCUAAAAAUGAAAUCCCAGCUUCAAUGCAUCUGUCUUCAUGCAUCUGUUUUUAAUUUCUUUUUCCUGAAACAGGUGACUUUUCACCACCAAAAAUCUAAUCUUUAAAUAUGCUCCAGAAAGAAAGAUAUCAGUUAAAAGUUUGUGAGUUUGAAAGCCACACCAAUGGGGGAAAACACCACAAGGAUCUGUACCUAUUUUGUAUAUGUAUAAUAAAUUGAGAUGUUUUUAAUUAUUUUGAAUGCUGAAAUAAAGCAUGUUAAGUGGUUUAA